CGGGGGCCAUCAGAUAACAGGCAGGACAAUGGCGCUCCAUUCUGAGGGAUCUCUUAAAAUGAGCAGGAAGCGGCGAUGAGCGCCUCGGUGAGGCUGGCGGAGGGACUCCCCAGGGUCCGCUCAACCCCGCCAGAGCACGCCGCUGUUCAAUGGCUGCAGAGACUGACAGGAAAUGAGAAGCUAUUGGCCCCCCAGCUGGAGCCAAAGGCGUCCUUUGAUGCCGUCUCUCGCUGAUAGAGAGUUGCUGCCAUGAAUUGGACUGGUGAGCAUCACACUUUCAUUGUGGAAACGUUUAUCAAAACAAACCGAUCUCUAACUGCAACACGAGUGUUCCGUUUGCACUUCAAUCUGGGUUGACCUGAUCCCGUAAAAAAAAUGCACGUCGAGCUGCCCUGACCUCUGUCUGAGAGCGGACCAUGCAGUGGUGGGUCUCACGAUGCGGUUCAAGGCUGGUUCAAGGCUGUGUCAGUGUUGUUGUUGAACGGACUCGGAAGUGACACAUGACAUAACCAAGUCUACAUAAUGCAAUGAGCGCCUCCGUGGCCGUGUACCGGAGCAUCUUCACCGAGGACGGCUUCCAGCAGGCAUACGGCUCCGAGGAGGACAACCCCGGUGCCGGUCCGAGGCUCCGGGACAAGUUGGCGGUGAGGUGCGGAUGUUCACAGCGGGCCUGCCUUCACCUGUUGCGGGACAGAGUUCCCAUCGUCGACUGGCUGCCCGGGUACCGAUUCCGGAAAUGCAUUUUGGGGGACACCGUAGCAGGACUCACCGUGGGCAUCCUUCACAUCCCACAAGGAAUGGCCUUUGCCCUGCUCACAUCUGUGGCACCAGUUUUUGGUCUCUACACGUCCUUCUUUCCCGUAGUCCUGUAUAUGAUUUUUGGCACCGGGCGCCACAUAUCCACAGGUACGUUUGCUGUGGUGAGUUUAAUGACCGGUUCGGUGGUAGAACAACUGGUUCCCAGUCCUCUGGUGGUGAACUCCACUUCAGAAGUGUCCGACUUUGAGAUCCAGAGAAUCGGCGUGGCCUCGGCUGUAGCACUUCUGUCAGGAAUUAUGAUGCUCUGCAUGUUUGGGCUUCAGCUGGGCUUCCUGUCCUCCUAUCUGUCAGAGCCAAUUGUCAAGGCCUUCACCAGCGCUGCUGCCUUUCAUGUCACCGUUUCACAGCUGCAAAGCAUGCUGGGACUGAACCUUCCUCGCCACACUGGGACCUUUUCUCUCUUCAAGACUUUAGCGUCCAUGAUGGAGAACCUGCCUCAGACCAACACGACAGCGCUGCUGAUCUCCGUGGUGUGUUUGGCUGUUCUGGUCCCGGUGAAAGAGAUCAACACACGCUACCGGCAGCGCUUGCGUACGCCCAUCCCGGUGGAGAUCCUAACCGUGAUCAUCGCCACUGGGGUUUCCUAUGCCUUCUGUCUAGAUUCCAUCUGUGACGUAGAAAUUGUUGGCCACAUUCCAGCAGGAUUCCCAAGACCAAGACUCCCUGCGUUGCACACGUUACCCCAAAUUGCCGGAGACACGGUCGCCAUCACAUUGGUGGGCUACGCGGUGUCCGUCUCCCUGGCAAUGAUCUACGCCGACAAGCACGGCUACGCCAUACAUCCCAACCAGGAGCUGCUGGCUCACGGUAUCUCCAACACCUUGUCCUCCUUUUUCACCUGCUUCCCAAGUUCUGCUACUCUGGCCACCACCAACAUACUGGAGAGUGCUGGGGGAUUCACACAGUUAUCCGGCCUGUUUACCAGUCUGGUCGUUCUAAUUGUUCUGCUGCUGAUCGGACCUCUGUUCCACUUCCUACCUAAGGCCGUCCUGGCGUGCAUCAACGUGACCAGCCUGAGGCAGAUGUUCCUGCAGUUCCAAGACUUACCAGAACUGUGGAGAAUCAGCAGGAUUGACUUUAUGGUUUGGGUGGUAACCUGGCUGUCCGUGGUUGUCCUCAACGUGGACCUGGGUUUGGCCAUCGGGGUCAUGUUCUCAAUGUUGACUGUCAUCUGUCGCACACAAAGGGCUGGAUGUUCUGUGCUCGGCCGGGCAAGCAACACAGAGAUUUAUCGCCCUGUGGAGAAUCACAGUAAGUGCUACGAGCUGCCAGGGAUGAAGAUCCUGACAUACAACGGGCCGAUCUACUACGGAAACCGUAGCUUCUUCAGGGAAGAGAUGAGCACUUUGUUGGGCCUGACGCCGGAGAAGAUCCGCAGUCGAGAAAAGGCCAGAAAAGCUCUGGAGGCGCGUGAAAGACACGCUGGCGUCAACACGGUGGAACGAGGCGUAACAAAUGCAUCUUUUUCUUUGGAAAAUGACUUUUUUAAAUCAGGAGCAUCAGACAACGACGUCCAGGCUCUUCUGAUCGACUGCAGCAGUGUGAUAUUUGUUGAUGUUGCCGGAGCAAGACUCUUUACUCAGAUGUGCAUCGAAUGCCAGAAGGUUGGGGUUCACAUGUAUUUAUCCAACUGUAACAAAAGUGUUUUAAAGAUCCUGGCAUCGAGCGGCCUCAUGAACCACAUGAAGCCUCAAGAUAUUUUUGUCACUGUACACGAUGCCGUCACGUACAUCCAGCAACAGAAGGAAAAACAUGGUGAAAACACCAUGACCGUUUGGGUGUGAGAUCGAUGCUCAGCGAUGGCGAGUCGAGUGUUUGGGACCAAAUAAUGUACCAUUUGGUGAUUGGUUGGAGGGUGUAAUGUGUACUCGCGUUUCCAAGAUACAGUAGCCUGUUGUAGCAUUUAUGGAGGCUUUACAGUAUUACACCGUUUUAUGUAAGCAUCAUGUCAUAUAUGCUGGAAUUCCUUAGAGAAUAUUAUUUGAUUGCAAUACAGAGAUAAAUAUACUGACAAGUGCACUGAACAGUUUCAAAUACUUGGCAUAUUUAUAUCUUGUACAUGAGCAAUACUUGCUACAGAGCAAUACUUUUUGGUAUUAGUCUGCAACUGUCCCAGCGGCUGUUUUAAUAUUACAUAUAUUUCCAUCAAAGUUUUGCGAGUCAGGUUUUAUUGAAGUACGAGAUGGGUUUGUGCUCAUUGUUAUAUUUCAUUAGAGUUUGGUGAAGGUCGGAAUGUGAAGCACGCCGGGAUGAAAUGUGAAGAUGAGUACAGUCUGUGUUCUCCGGGCGAGCGGAGAACGCAGUAUUGAGGCAUGAUGAAAACUUAUGAAACACAGACUUUAGAAGCUCGCCUCAGGGAUCGAGAUGUCUCGCUCUGUCUGGCCUAAGUGUUACACUCUUGAUGAUGACAGGUCCUCAACGUGUUCCAUAAGUGGUUAUUGGCAUGCUGAAAUA